CUGGACUCUAUAAAGGACCAACUUCUCUUUCACUUGAUUCCUCUCCUUUGUCGCUGAACGAACAAACAUACUGAAUGGUUUCCAUGAGGUUCACUAGCUUUAUACUGAUGAUCAUGGUGCUACAUGUAAGAGACUCUAGUGCCCAAACUAAAGCUGCGGGCAAAGAACUGGUAACUGAUCAUAUAAAAGGGCUUCCAACUGCAGGAAGGCGUCGGAUGAAUGUUGAAGAGGAAAUCGAUGGUGGUGUUCCAGCCCCGGCUCAAUUAGUUAGAACAAGGCUUGGAGGAAGGAAAAUGAUGAUUAAAGGGGAGGGUUUGAAAGGAGACGAUUCAAAGAUUGAAGGUUCAGCCCAAUAUUCUGUUGGAAAUUGUACGGAUGGAGCGAAGGGAAUUCUCAACGUUUCUCGUAAAGUGCGUAAAAGUGGUCCUCGAGCUAUGGACGUCAAAAUCGCAGGUUUUGCAGCACUUAAUGCUGAUUAUCAUGUCCCGAAACCUCACCCACCUAAGAAUAAUUAA